UCAAUUAAGGCAACAUUAGAAGCUAUAAAGAUUCACCGCUCUCUAUUUUUUCUAACCUAAACUUUAAAUGGAUAAUUAAUCAUGUAAUUUUUCAACAAUAUAUUUGGAAUGGGGGAGGGUGCGUACUGCGUAUGUAAAGGCAUGAAAGCAACACAAACAAUCUAUAUGCAAUGCUGCUGCUGCUUGUCAAACUCUUGGGAUUUCAAUCCUCUCAGCACCAUUGAGGAGAGAGACACACACAAAACCCUCACUGGUAAUCUAAGCGCAGUGUUCGCCCGCCCUUCGCGUCUCCGGCCAGUACACAGAAAAAAUGAGCAGUUGCAGGUUUCUGGUCAUCAAUGGCGUUGUCUCUCCUACUUCCGACGUUCCUCCAGUCUCUUCCUUCCUCGAAAACCAUCCAGGUGCCUAUACGACAUCUCGCACGCACAACAAUGGAUCAUUUCUAUUGUUUUGGGAAAGACACUUGCGCAGACUUGCAGAUUCCGCUAGAAUUCUCUAUGAAUCGAGACCAGAGCUCCUGUUCGGACAGCAAAUUACUAAGUUCCCCAAGUCACCGUCGUUGUCUUCAUUAUCGGAAUCCCUAAUUCCGUCGCUUGUUAAUAAUUCGUUGAGCAAAGCAAUGUCGAUAGCAUUGAAUGAAAAGAAGAACGGAGAGGAACUGGCAAUCACUGCUCUUGUGAGCGGGAAUUCAAACAAUUGCGAUGUAGAUGAAGUUGAUGAGGAAGAGAGGGCUCUUAGGGUUCUUGAUGUGUACGUGCAUAUAGGAAUUUACAUUCCGCCUGCGUUUGGUGAUGGAGAAAACGGUGCUCGGUUGGCCGUCGUUGGUCGUGGAAGGGACGUAGCCAGAGCGAAGUUUUCGGACUGGGUAAAGCUUAGAAAGCGUUUGGAGAAGCUGCGACCUCCGUUGGUUACUGAGCUUUUGUUGUCAAAUGAUGGUGACCGGAUACUAGAGGGAUGCGUCACGAACUUCUUCGUUGUGUGUCGCAGGGAGAGCAAUGGAUCUGCGGGGGAAAUCCUGGGUGAUCACAGAAGUACGUGUUCUUUUGAAGUGCAGACUGCUCCUAUCAAUGAUGGUCUACUUCCAGGUGUUAUACGAAAAAUAAUCAUAGAGGUAUGUUCAAGAAGAGGAAUCCCAUUUCGAGAAGUGGCUCCCUCAUGGUCAAAUCGUAAGCUUUGGGAAGAGGCUUUCAUUACAAGUAGCUUGAGACUUGUGCAGCAUGUGCAGACAAUUUGUGCUCCCAGCUCAUGGGAAUUAUUAGAAUCACAAACCUGGAAGGAGUUGGCAUGGGAGGAGAAGCGGUUUGAGUAGGAGACUCCUGGGGUAAUCACUGCAGAAAUACAGGGAGAGUUAAUGGGAUUAGCGGGAACUGAAGGAUACCCAACAAGUAAAUUCAUCUGAUGUACCAAGAAUUCUUGCAUUUCACUACUUAGUUGGGUAGUGAGGGGCUGAAUCCGCUGCUGUUGCCAUGGAUUCAACCCUAAGAACCCAGAGUUUUGAGUUUGUUUGUUUGUCAUUAUAGGUUGAAGUCUCUAAUUCUAUAGCAGGGAGUCUGUUUUUCUUGGUUUUGAAUAGGUGAUCUUCCUUUACCAAAAAAAAUAAGAAUAGGUGAUCUUCAAGGUUGCAGGAAAAAAAGGUGAAAUGUAUUUUAUUACAUUUUAACUAGGCUGUGUCGAGUACUUGAAUUGUUGAUUUAAGAUUGAAUUAUUUUUCUUGCA